GACGAGUCCGCCCGGGGCAGGCUGGACAUCCCGCCGCCUUCGUUCCUCGCCGCCGCCGAGGGUCUCGGGUCUCCGCCGCGGUUAAGGGCGCGGGGCCGCGGCCAGGCGGGCAGGCUCCGCACCGCUGCCGCUCCAGCUGCCGCCGCUCCAGAAGCGCUCAGAGCUCCCGAGGGCUUUCUGCGGGGGGCCGCGCUGCUCCCCGAGCUGCCCGCAUGGACGCGGCGCUGAAGCGGGGCCGGCCGGAGGAGCGGCUGGGUGAGGUUCCCCAGCCUCCUCCGCCACCCACGGGGAACGGGGACGAGGAAGAGAUGGAGCCGGAGAUGAUGGAACAGGAGGAAGAGGAAGAGGAAGAGGGGGAGGAGGAGGUGGACCCCCGUAUCCAGGGAGAACUGGAAAAACUAAAUCAGUCCACAGAUGACAUCAACAGACGGGAAACUGAGCUUGAGGAUGCCCGCCAGAAAUUCCGCUCUGUUCUGGUAGAAGCGACGGUGAAACUGGAUGAACUGGUCAAGAAAAUUGGCAAGGCAGUGGAGGACUCGAAGCCCUACUGGGAGGCCCGGAGGGUAGCCAGGCAGGCCCAGCUCGAAGCUCAGAAGGCAACUCAAGACUUCCAGAGGGCGACCGAGGUUCUCCGAGCCGCCAAGGAGACCAUCUCCCUGGCUGAACAGAGGCUGCUGGAGGACGACAAGCGGCAGUUUGACUCUGCCUGGCAAGAAAUGCUCAAUCACGCCACCCAGCGGGUCAUGGAGGCUGAGCAGACCAAGACAAGAAGUGAGCUGGUGCACAAGGAGACGGCAGCGAAGUACAAUGCAGCCAUGGGUCGCAUGAGGCAGCUGGAAAAGAAACUCAAGAGGGCCAUCAACAAGUCCAAACCUUAUUAUGAACUCAAGGCAAAGUACUAUGUACAGCUCGAGCAACUGAAGAAGAUUGUGGAUGAUCUGCAGGCCAAACUGUCUCUGGCUAAAGGCGAGUACAAGACAGCGCUCAAGAACCUGGAGAUGAUUUCUGAUGAGAUCCAUGAGAGGAGACGGUCCAGUGCCAUGGGUCCCCGGGGCUGUGGGGUGGGGGCUGAAGGCAACAGUGUGUCUGCGGAGGAGCUCUCCAGGAACAAGACAGAGUUUGACUCAGCUUCAGGGGGCGAGGGGGUGAAAGUACAGCCUCGAGGGGCAUUAGUUCCUGUAAGCCUGUCUGCCUGCCCCCCCAAGCGGACUGUAAGAGACGGCUUGUCGUGCAGCAGACCCAGCGAGACUUGUGUUCUCUCCAACGCUGCAGUGGCCUCGGAGGCAUUUGAGGAUGACAACUGCAGCAGCUUUGUGUCGGAAGAGGAUUCGGAAACGCAGUCUGUGUCCAGCUUCAGUUCGGGGCCGACGAGUCCUUAUGAGCUCCCGAGCCCAUUCUCUCUCGUCAUGAGGCCCGGCAGCCUCGAUCUGCCCAGCCCCAUGUCUCUCUCAGAGUUUGGGAUCAUGUUUCCUGUGCUGGGUCCUCGGAGUGAAUGCAGUGGGGCUUCAUCCCCAGAAUGUGAAGUGGAAAGAGGAGACAGGGCAGAAGGGGCUGAGAACAAGAUGAGUGACAAAGCCAACAACAACAGAAACGUUAGCACCAACAGCAGUGCCAACAGCAGCAGCUCUUCCCCUGCAGACCGAAGCCUGGACCGUGACAUCCAGCAGCUCUCCCUUCAGUAUCCAAAGGGAAAAGACGGGAUUGUCGGCGACAGAAAAGUGGUGCCGAUUGGCUGAAGGAUCCGAGGAGGCCGGUGCCCAAAGAUCUGAAUAUUUAUAUGUGAAACUCUAAACCUACGGACAGAGUGUUGUGCCAAUAUUUCUUUCCUCUAUGCCAAAUCUUAAGCAUUUACUCCGAACUGCACUAAGGACAUUUGUGACCCAGAGGGCUGCAUUCCGCUUUGGUUUUCUGCCCAGCCAAACGUCUUGGGGGGGCUAGGCACGGGGGAGCGGAGAAGCCGUGAGCUGGGCAGGCUGUCCUCACAUUCCUCCAGCAUUUGUAAAAUACAUCUCCCCCCAAUAUCCUUGUUAGGAGCAAUAACAACUUCCCAGAAUACAGCUGGGAAACCAAGCCCAACCUUGGUGAUUCGGGCAUUUUGCUCUUUUUUUCUUCCUAUACCUCUUUUUUUGUGUUUUGAAAGAUGAAGCUUAUCCAAUCUAGUAAUCUGGGGCUGGUGGCCUCCUAAAUGAACAAACUGAAAAUACAGUAAUUAAAACAUCACUUUUAGUUUUUAAGGCAUUAAAAAAAUGACCUUCCGAUAAUCCGUUAUCUCUGGGUCACAGAGGCAAGCCUAAGACUGAUUAAUCACCUAUUAGCCAGAAAGGUGACCUGCUGAAAAGGUAAAUGGUGCUCAACCUGGGGCACCCACCUAGAAGCUUUUUCAGUGGCUUCUUUGCAAGAUCCCUGGAGAUCAGCACUUUGUGGGCUGGGGGAGACUGGGCUUCAGGGCAAUGCCUGAGUCCCGAUAACUUACUGUAGAGGGGUGUUGGCUGGGAGCAGGCAGUGUAGCAUAGACCUUGUGUUUCCAGCCAAAGGGGUGGUGGGGGGAGGGGGGAGAUCCAUGGUUUGUUCUUCCUGAGAUGCAUGUGCCCGAGCAGUUGGCCUUCGUGGUAUCUAGACUGACAAAAGUGUUCAUUUAUCUGUGGGUUGUAACUUUUUCCUUCUCUUUUAAAAAAGCCAUUAUUUAAGGGUUAUUCCGCUCUAGCAUACAUUACAGACACUGUUCCUUCCAAGCUAGAACAAGGGAGUUAGGCAUGUCUUGGCAAAGGCAGUACCCAUAGAAGCAGUGAAGCCUAGUAGUUAUGCUCAUAGUGGUAAGUGUAGGAUUAUUUUUCUUUAAGGUUUGGGUGGUUUCAAAUUAAUAAAACACCGUAGCUGUCCCUCUUUGGUUUGUCAGGGGGGUGGGAAGAGGGGAGAAACCCGUCACACUCAGCGAUCCCAGAAAGUCUCUAUUUCAUGUGAUGAGGUCUCCGUUUUUUUGUUGUUGCUGUUCCUGCCCUAGCUUGAAUAUCUAGUCAUGUUUGUAAACUUCUUCACACUGGUAAACCUUCCAUUUUUCCUAUUUUUAUGGACUGAUACGGUAUCCUGAUUUCAAAGUUAUUUUGUACUUGUCUUAAUACCUUGAAUGUAAUAAAAACAAAAUCUCAAGACAACAGUGGCUAAGCC